AAUAGCUCAUACGCGAAAGGAAAGACGAAAGCAGGUCAAAUCUGGAAGUGAGUGUGUGAGUAACGGAGGCCUCGAUUCGAGCCCGGAGGUUCAUCAACGAAAGCCCUAACUCACAGAGAGGAGAAAGAGGUGAGUUUUGGUUUGGGGGCAUCUGUCUCCUCAGUGAACCAGUGUCGUGAUCACUCACUUUCUCACCCCUCCCCAACUCAACAGCCUUUGCCGGGUGGGGGUGAGAUAGACUUGGAGAGCUAGUCUACGGUGUAUAUAUAUAGAUAUAGAAUGAGCGGCAGCGGCAGACACAGGACCCUUGGUGGUGGGGGUCAACAUGUAUUGGACUAUCUGAAGCGAGCUCAGGCAGAGAAUCCUUCUUUCUUUUAUGCACUUCAGGGUGAUCAUGACCACUCUACUGCCAACAUAUUUUGGGCCGAUGCAACCUCCAGGAUGAACUAUAUUUACUUUGGAGAUACUGUUAGGUUAGACACGACCUACAGGAUGAACCGCUACAGAGUACCAUUUGCCGCUUUCACUGGCCUUAAUCAUCAUGGCCAACCCGUGUUGUUUGGCUGUGCAUUACUUCUCAAUGAGUCCGAUUCCUCUUUUGUCUGGCUAAUCCAGACUUGGCUUCAUGCUAUGUCCGGGCGCUUCCCCAUAUCCAUCACCACUGACCCAGUUCGGCUCAUACAGAUGGCUGUUGCCCAAGUUUUGCCUGAAACCCGCCACCGUUUCUGUAAGUGGAGCAUAUUUAAGGAAACUCAGGAGAAACUGGCUCAUGUAUAUCAAACACAUCCCACCUUUGAGAUGGAGUUCAACAAGUGUGUUAAUGAGACCGAGACAGUUGAUGAGUUUGAGUCAUGUUGGGAAUCACUCCUAGAGAGAUACUACCUUGUGGAUAAUGAAUGGCUUCAGUCAAUGUACAAUGCUCGUCAUCAAUGGGUCCCGGUUUUCAUACGAGACACAUUUUUUGGAGACUUGUCUAGGACCGACUGUGGAGGUGACAGUCUAAAUUCAUUCUUUGAUGGGUAUGUGAAUGCAACGACUACUAUACAGUUGCUAAUUAAACAGUAUGAGAAAGCUGUAGCGAGUUGGCAUGAAAAGGAAUUAAAGGCAGAUUAUGAUACUACCAACACCACCCCAGUUUUGAAGACACCAUCUCCUAUGGAAAAACAAGCCGCAAACCUUUAUACGAGGAGAAUAUUCAUGAAGUUUCAAGAGGAAUUGGUAGAGACCCUCGCUAAUCCUGCAACUAAAAUUGAAGACUCCGGAAUGAUUACUGCAUAUCGAGUGGCCAAAUUUGGGGAGGAACUCAAAGCACACACUGUUAGGUUCAAUGCAUUUGAGAUGAAAGCGAGCUGCAGCUGUCAAAUGUUUGAAUUUUCUGGCAUUAUUUGUAGGCACAUAUUAUCAGUUUUCAGAGCGAAAAAUGUUCUUACACUUCCUUCUGAAUAUCUUUUGAAACGAUGGACAAGAAAUGCCAAGAGUGGAGGUGUUGUUGAUGAACAGGCUCUUGAACUGCCAAACAAUUCCCAAGAGUCUUUAACUGUUAGAUAUAACAAUUUACGCCAGGAAGCUAUUAAAUUUGUUGAAGAAGGAGCAAAAUCUAUACAUUUUUAUAACGUCGCAAUGGAUGCUUUGCAAGAGGCUUCAAAGAAGGUUGCUGCUACAAAGAAGCAAAGGUCUGGAGCCACACAAGGCAGCACUUUGGCCAAUGGAGCCAAUCAAGAAAUGCAUACAGAUGAAGAAAAUCAAACAAUGCCAUAUCAAUCUGCGGAUGAGAAGGAAAAGAAAAUCCGUGAAUUGACUGCUGAGUUGGAAAGCACAAAUCAACGAUGUGAAGUGUAUCGUGCAAAUCUGCUUGCAGUUUUGAGAGAUAUGGAGGACCAGAAGUUAAAGCUAUCAGUUAAAGUUCAGAAUGCAAGGCUUAGCUUGAAAGAAUGAAUGUGAAUUGCCGCAAACAAACAUCAUUGUUAUUAUUAUUAUUAUUAUUAUUUUGAAUUUCUUAGGGGGUGGAGUGGUGGUGGGUAGAGUUCAUGAAUCUUUUUCUUUCCUUAAAUCUUUUCUGGGAAAAGAAUUCUUGAUCAGUUUAGAAUGUAUGAAGAAGAUGUUUGCUGCUGAAGUACACUGCUGGAUGGGCUGUAGAAUAGAUGGCAAGCUGAGGGGAAUUGAUUUCUUAAAAACUAGAAGGUUGAGCGGUUAGAUUUAGUGAAGUUGCUGGCUCCUAACUCAAAGGUGUUUGAUGAUCCACUUUUGGGUUUGGAUUAUGCCAGUGUGUGGCCAUCGUGUAAAGCAUUGUCUGGUAACCAAGAACUUGAUGCAUGUCGCCAGGUAAGCAGAGCUCUUAGCAUGCAUCUGCAUGGUUUAGGAGAAAUUUGUGGAAUUAAUGAUGUGUUUGCAUGAUAGUCCAAAUUUUAUUUGAUGCUGCAACAUGGACAUGGACAUGGUUGAAGAUACUAGCUGGACUUCAGUUACUCCUGGUCCCUCCCAACUCAGCACUGCAUGCAUCAUUUCGGGUUUGAUAUGCGCCUUUAGUGUAGGUAGAGGCAGUUUUAGUUGCAAGUGCAGUAUACACACUGUACACAGGCUCCAACAAGCUUAGAGCUGCUUGACAUACAGAUUUGGCUUUUGCAAUCAUUCUUCAGUCCUCAUUCAUCUCUCAACCCAUCAUUCCCAUCAUUCCCAUGGCAAUUCUAGAGUUCCCAACCAAUGCAUGUAAAUAGCCACACUGUCAGUGCUUCCACAGCAAUUCAGUGCCAAGUUGAAAAUGUAUGAUAGAAGGGAGUAAUUCAUGUCAUCACUCAAAAUUCUCUCUCUUACUGAGUUCAUCUAUCUUGCUUCAGGUUUUACCACAUCUGUUUUUACUUUGCAUAUACAUUCAUAGCUUGACAAGUUGGCAUUGAUAAAGAGGCAUUUGCAGUCGCACAAGUAGAAUGCAACCAAAUUUGCUAAGAAUGAGGUUAGAAGGCCAUUAAUGGCAAUGCCAAAAAGUUAAAUCUAUUGGGUUUGUAGUUGAUAAAUUGUAAUCAAAAUUUUAAGGAUGUGUUUGUUGGACGGAUUGGAUAAAAGGGGAUUGUAAUUUAUUGGACUAUUAGUCUUGGAAUAUAUUGUUUCCGGACUAAUUGGUUGGAUUAGAUUUGUAUCCUAUGUUUGUUUAGUCAUGAGAUUAGAUGUCUGGAUUGGACUAUUUUAUUAAA